GCUCCCUCUUCCCGGUGACUGCCAUGGCUGCUUCUGGGGGUCCCGUGCGAGAUCUCUGCGAGGAAGCCACUUGCUCCAUCUGCCUGGAGUAUUUCAGGGAUCCAGUGAUCAUCCCGGAGUGCGGGCACAACUUCUGCCGAGCCUGCCUGACCCAGUGCUGGGAGAAAUCCGAGGGAGAGGCUUCCUGCCCUCAGUGCAGGGAAAGGGUGGAGCAAAGCAGCAUCAGGAGAAACCAGCAGCUGGCAAAUUUUGUGGAAAUAAUUAAGAAAUUCAACCAUCCUCAAGGAGAAGAGAAGGAAAAGGAAGGGUCUGUGAGAAAGGACCAGGAGUCGCCAGCAAGAGCUUUUGUGCAGAGUGAUACAUCGAGCGUUGUGACACGUGCUUUGCGAAUACUAGCCGAGAAACUCGGUCUUCAAGAAGAAAAGCAGGAAGAAGGAAAGAGGAGGGUCUGCGAGAAGCACCAGGAGCCCCUGAAGCUCUUCUGCAAGGAGGACCAAAGCCCCAUCUGCGUGGUGUGUGACAGAUCCAAGGAGCACAAAAGCCACGAGGUGGUUCCUCUAGAGGAGGCGUCCCAGGAGUACAAGGAUCAGAUCAGCAGCUGCCUAGACAAUGUGAGGAAGGAGAGAGAGAAAAUUCUAGUAUUUAAAGCAAACACAGAAAAGGAAAGCCAAGACCUGCUUAAACAAACAGGUGCAGAGAAGGAAAAGAUGGUGGCUGAGUUCAGGCGACUGCACCAGUUUCUGGAAGAACAAGAGAAACGUAUUCUGGCCCAGAUGGCAGAAGUGGAGAAGGAGAUUGCAGCCCAAAGGGAGGAGCACCUGGCCAGACUCUCCAGGGAACUCUCCUCUCUUGACAGCCUCAUCCGGGAGAUGAAGGAGAAGCUUCAGGAACCAGAGAGUGAACUCCUGCAGGAUAUUGGAAGCUUCGUGCAGAGGUCUCAGGAGAAGGAGAACUUAGAGGAUCCUCCUGUGGCUUUUCCUCCUGCUCUGAAGUGGAAGAUCUGGGACUUCAGAGAUAUUAAUCCCUUCCUAAAGGGUGUCAUGAAGAAAUUGAGAGACACUGUGGAAUAUGGACUUCAGCUGCGAAAAGAAAACGUAACUUUGGAUCCAGACACAGCAAAUCCCUACCUCAUCCUGUCUGAGGAUGGAAAGAGUGUGAGUUGGGGAGAAGUGCGUCAAGACCUGCCAGACAACCCUGAGAGAUUUGACAGAUAUACCUAUGUGCUGGGAUGUGAGGUUUUCACAGCAGGCAGACAUUUCUGGGAGGUCAUUGUGGGAAGAGAGGAGCAUUGGGGGGUGGGGGUUGCCAUAAAGUCUGUGAAGAGGAAGGGCAAGUUCUCUUUUGGUCCUACGGACGGGAUCUGGGGUUUGAGGAAGUGGGGCGGUGGGUACACCCCACUUGAGGCCCCUGUUCCAAGUGAGGAGCCCAAGAGGAUCCGAGUGACCCUGAACUGUGAAGGGGGACGGGUGUCCUUUUACGAUGCAGACACAGCAGUCCUCCUCUACACAUUCCCAGCAACCUCCUUCUCAGGAGAGACCCUCCAGCCCUUCUUUUACAUAAGCAGGAAAGCGAAGCUGAGACUCUCUUGACUGAAGGUGCAAAGAAACAAGCGCGUAUUCGUUUCAGUCUGCUCUUUAGGACUGAGCUAACAAGCACUUGAGAAACCAUAUCUGCAGAACUGUGAUUGGCCAUCCCUUGUGUCAAUCAUGAUGCAGCUCUCUCUUCCUGGGCCAGCUUCGUAAAUGACAUUGAUUAAUUGGGUCCCCUGUCAGUCCCCAAAUUUGACUCUCUCCCUUGGGAAUCAGCUAUUUCUGUCUGUGCAGGAGGUACAAAGGGGGAAAGAAGCAAGAAAAUAAUUUAGCAAAUAAC